AUGUCUGAGCUUAGCAAGAACUUUGAGACGCUGCAGCUUCAUGCUGGCCAAGAACCCGACCCCGCGACGAACUCGCGCGCGGUGCCCAUUUAUGCCACGACCAGCUACACCUUCAAUGACUCGGCCCAUGGCGCGCGCCUCUUUGGCCUCAAGGAGUUUGGCAACCUCUACUCCCGCAUCAUGAACCCCACGGUCGACGUCUUUGAGAAGCGCAUCGCCGCACUCGAGGGCGGCGUGGCCGCCCUCGCCGCCUCCUCGGGCCAGGGCGCGCAGUUCAUCGCCAUCGCCACGCUCGCCCACGCCGGCGACAACAUUGUGUCCACCACCAACCUCUACGGCGGCACGUACAACCAGCUCAAGGUCUUCUUCCCGCGCCUAGGCAUCAAGACCAAGUUUGUCGACGUGGACAAUGUCGAGAACAUUCGCAACGCCAUUGACGACAAGACCAAGGCCGUCUACGUGGAGAGCAUCGGCAACCCGCGCUACAAUGUCCCCGACCUCGAGGCCAUCGCCAAGGUGGCGCACGAGAAGGGCGUCCCGCUCGUCGUGGACAACACCUUUGGCGCGGGCGGCUACUUUAUCCGUCCCAUCGAGCACGGCGCCGACAUUGUCGUGCACUCGGCCACCAAGUGGAUCGGCGGUCACGGCACGACCAUUGGCGGUGUGGUCGUCGACAGCGGCAAGUUCCCCUGGGGUGAUCACCCCAAGCGGUUCCCGCAAUUCGUCGAGCCCUCAGAGGGCUACCACGGUCUCAAGUUCUGGGACACCUUUGGUCUCCAGUCCUUCAUCAUCCGCGCCCGGGUCGAGAUUCUGCGUGACCUUGGCGCGACCCUCAACCCCUUUGCCGCGCAGCAGCUGAUCCUCGGUAUCGAGACGCUGUCCCUUCGGGCCGAGCGCCACGCCGAGAAUGCGUUCAAGCUCGCGCAGUGGCUCGAGAAGAGCGAGUAUGUCUCGUGGGUGUCGUAUCCGGGCCUUGCGAGCCACCCGUACCACGAGAACGCGAAGCGCUAUCUGAAGAGGGGCUUCGGCGGCGUUCUCAGCUUCGGCGUCAAGGGGGGUGGUGCUGCCGGCAGCCAGGUCGUCGACAGCUUCAAUCUGAUUUCCAACCUGGCAAACGUCGGUGACGCCAAGACGUUGGCCAUCCACCCAUGGAACACUACUCACGAGCAACUCUCCGAGGAGGAACGCAUCAACUCAGGCGUAACGGAGGAUCUAAUCCGCAUCUCGGUCGGCAUCGAACAUAUUGAUGACAUUAUCGCCGACUUUGCGCAGUCGUUCAAGAAGGCAGCGGCAGCGAAGACCGAGGGCGGAGCAAAGGGCCCGGAUGCGACAUCUGCCAAGGGGACAGAAGCUCCAACGGCGCCAUGA